AUGGCGGGUAAAGGUUCAAACAACUUGAAUCAAAGUCCAUGUGAUGUGUCGAAACUCUGUCGCUGCCCAGAUCUCACUAGGAGUAAACUGAAACCUUUGGAAGGCGUGGGUAUGAAUUGUCGCAAAAAAGACUUGAGUAGCACGAUAAAAAAGCUCGUGGAACUCGUCUCUGAUCCGGUGACCAGUAUCAACACUUUCAGAAUUUGUCAGCACUUGGACGACUUUAUCAGUCUCAACAACAAGCAGGCAUUCUACGUAAAAGACCUAGACGACAUAAUGUGCAUUCUCGAGUUCCUGGCGCUGCAAGCGCAACAUGUUGCAGAGUACCAAAAGUACCUGAAUGAGAUACUGGAUCUAUGUGGAAUGCCUCCGCUGUUGAAAAAAUCGUCGGAGGGACUUUUCUGCGUGGAAGUACUUGAGCACUACUUCACCUUGUUCGCUUAUCUCCUGGUGAUCCUACCAACGGUCCCCGAGAUUUUUAUGGUCCACGAAGCGAUCCAUAGACUUCUUGGCAGGAAAAAAGUGGGCCACAUUGCCACCGUCAAGUUGGAUCACUGUCAUCGCGCCGUCGAGGGAUCCAUUUUACCUGUUAUCAUGACGGAGAUGCUUGAAAUCGCAACUGACGAAAUUCUUCCCAGGAUGUUAGAGACCACCUUGCUGGUUGUUUCCAUAUCACACAAAUGUUGUACGUUUAAUGGAUUUUCUACAAUACUGCUUCUAGAUCAAUUACUCGAACUUUCAUCCUCCGCCUCAGGUUACAGAAUGAUGGAGGCUGGAGUUUUUGAGCACAUUCUGAUCCGCCUUGAUCGCAAUCAUGCCACCAGACCGAAGCACAAACCGACACCAGAAAUCCCAGAGAACGAAUUGGGGGCGAACUGUCAGCCGGAGUUAGUGUUACUGAUAUCGAACAUCAUAUGGACGCUGUUGGAUUCCGUAAUGUCGCCGGAAACGUUGGCAAAAGAUAUAAAUAUCUUGGUAAAACCGCCGUCCCAAUCCGCGAUGUGGAGUCUUCGUCAUGCGUUUAAACGAGAAGUUCGCUGUGCUGGUCGGAAUCGGAGCAGCGUCACUUUGAGAAAUGACUUGGCAGCUAUAAUGUUAGCAGUCCUUACCACUCUUCCCGAUUGGAAAUUUGUCCAGUCUGGACUGGCCGAGGACCUCGUGAUUCUCGCUGUAGCGACUGAAUUCGGGACCGAAAACACGUGGGCGAGUAGCGUGAGGCUCGGUAAUUCUAACGAGGAUUUUCGGUUUAAAAAAAUCCUGACCUUGAUCAUGUGUUAUUUGAGCAAAAUAGGAGCUAGUGUGGAGAUCAUGAAGCAGAGAAGGCUUAUGGCGAGUAUUUUGAGUUCGAUCAAUCCAGACGUCAAAGGAAUGAAUAAAUUGUUAUCUGAAAUACAGUUCUGGGACUUACAUAAGUACGCUUUAUACGCGCUUGCAGUUCUUCUUCCGCAGAUGCCUGAGAAGUUCAUUGAAUACAGAGGAACUAAUAGGUUACUGAUGAUCCUCGAAUGGAGUAUGCUGAAGCGAUGCGAUUCUCACAAUCAGCUAAUUUUAAACUGCAUGAAAACGAUAAACGCCAUCAUCCUGAGCGAUAAAGAAAUUAUUCGCAAAGAUUUCCAAGAUCAGGAAAUUAUCCACUUUGUCCUCUCCGUGAACGUUAUUAACUCUGAACAUCAACGUAUAUUGACUCACGCGAUGAUGAUUCUGGAGGCUCUGAUCAAGAACAAUAAGCCUUAUCAGACGAUGUACGGAGAACAAGGUAUUAAAAUGGUACUGAGACUACUGCAUAGAUGCUUUUACGACAAAACCGAGCUGCGCUUCGAGCCAGACAGCAGGUAA